ACGGUCAAGUCGUCAGAACCAUCACGUCAAAGAAUCGAAAAGGUCUAUUCUUAAAACGUGUAGUGCUUCGCUGUACAAAUCUAGAACAUUUCAAUCGGAAAUCCUCACCGACAGAAAAGCCCAGAAAACGAGCUGCGAGCAAGUUCACAUACAUUAGCGAGGCGAAAGUAUGGAGAAUAGCAGAAAGUAUAAUCCCUACGUGAAAGUUCCACCGGGUGAGGAAAUUGUGAUCUCCGGUAUCGCAGGACGAUUUCCCGAUACAGAUAAUAUGAAGGAGUUACAAGAAAAUCUUUUUAAUACUUCGGACCUCGGUUCGGACGAUAAUCGACGGUGGAGCAACGUCAACUACGACAUGCCAACUCGGUCGGGAAAGAUUAAUAAUGUAGACAAGUUCGACGCGCAAUACUUUGACAUUUCACCUGUGGAAGCGCAUGUCACCGAUCCCAUGUGCAGGUUGUUGCUCGAACACACUUACGAAGCGCUUACUGACGCUGGAGUAAAUCCUAAGGAAUUACGAGGAACAAAAACCGGUGUCUUCAUAGGAUCAUGUUACUGUGAGACGGCCAACGACAUGCUCUAUUGCAGGGCUCAAGCAGCUGGAUUCCCAAUUAUUGGCUGUAGUAGAUACUGGCUAGCAAACAGCAUUUCUAAUUGGCUUGAUCUUACCGGACCAUCCUAUGUCGUUGACACGGCCUGCAGUUCAAGCCAUCAAGCUAUUGUAGAAGCUUAUAGAAUGAUACGAAGUGGAGAAUGCGACGCAGCUAUCGUGGGUAGUGCCAACCUGUGUUUUCAUCCCAACUUAACGUUUCAGCAAUUUCAGCUCGGAAUCCUCUCCCCUGAUGGUUAUUGCAAACCGUUCGAUGAGAGCGGUUCCGGUUAUAUGCGCAGUGAAGCAACCGUAGUAAUAUACUUACAAAAAGCAAAGAACGCAAAACGAAUCUACGCUACCUUAGUCUAUUCUAAAACCAAUUGCGAUGGUUGGAAACCAGAAGGAAUUGUGCAUCCUUCAUUGAGCAUGCAAAAAAAAUUAUUAGAAGACUUUUAUGAUGAGUGUGGCAUCACACCCGAAGAGCUGUCUUACAUCGAAGCUCACGGCACUGGUACUUUAGCAGGAGAUCUGGUAGAAAUUAACGCCAUCGAUCAAGCUCUAUGUUCAAAGAGGAGUACUCCUUUAUUAGUGGGUUCGGUGAAAUCGCGUUUCGGGCAUACUGAAGCUGCCGCUGGUCUCUGUCAAGUGGCGAAAGUGUUAAUAGCAAUGGAAACUGGUAUUAUUUCAUCAAACAUACACUAUAAAACACCGCGAAAGGGACAUACUCCUAUAACUGAAGGUAGAAUAAAAAUCGUCACUGAACCUACUUUAUGGGACGGAGGUUAUGUUGGCAUUAGUUCUUUCGGAUUUGGUGGUACAAACUGCCACAUAUUGUUGAAAUCGAAUGCCAAAAAUAAAAUCAACAUUGGAACACCAGACGGCUUACUUAAACUUAUAACGGUAUCUGGUUGUACAGAGGAAGCUGUUAAAACUCUAUUAGAUGAUGUAAAUAGCCGAAAACUAGAUGUAGAAUAUAUGGCCCUUCUGCAUAGCAUUCACGCUGAAAACAUUGAGGGCCAUCGGUACAGAGGAUAUAUUGUAACUGGAUCUGAAAUUGCUGUUAACAAAAUAAGAAAAGUUGAAAAGUGCAAAAAAAGACCAAUUUGCUUUGUGUUUUCUGGAACAGAAGUUGAAUGGCAUAACGUAGAAUUGAUGAAGCUGCCGGUGUUCGCCAACGUAAUUGAGAAAUGUGAUGAGAUAUUAAAACAGCAUGAUAUAUGCGUCACUAAUAUUAUAAUGAGUAAAAACAGAGCUACCUGCAACAGCAUCAUACAAUCAUUUAUAGCAGUCAUUGCCACACAGAUUGGAAUAGUGGAUCUCUUAACACAUGCUGCUAUCCAGCCGGAUUACACAAUAGGUCUCUCUAUUGGUGAACUUAUCUGUGAAUAUGUUGAUGGACGUUUUACUAUAGAAGAAACAAUUUUAGCGGCAUAUUACAUAGGCACAGCAUUUGAGCAGGCUAAGUUGCAGGUUAAUGACAUUACUGCGAAUCGAUGUAAAUACCUUAAAAUUGUUAGGACAAAAAUCUUGAAGCAUUUCAGCCGAAUAUUACCAACGGAACCUUCAAAAAGCCGCAGAGUAACGCAGUUGGGUAAACCACAAAGUAAACGCGACUUGACUGAGACUGCUGCAGAAUAUUAUGCAGACAAUAUCCUGAAUCCAAUACCAUUAAAAGAAAUUAUAACUUUGAUAUCGAAAAGCACGGUACUCGUCGACAUAGUACCGCACAAUGCUUUUCAAUCGAUUAUGACAAAUUUGCUAGAAUCAACGAUAACAUUCAUUCCAUUAUAUAAACGCGGCCAGAAACAUACCAUACAAAGCUUUUUAGAAGGAAUUGGAGAUCUUUAUAAUGUAGGACUUCAACCACAGAUUGCAAAUUUGUAUCCACCAGUGCAAUUUCCUGUUAGUCGCGGAACACCAAUGAUAUCUCCUCUUAUUAAAUGGGAUCAUUCUGAAGACUAUUAUGUAUUCCGUUAUAAGGAGAAAAAUAAAAUUUUCAGCACUGAAAGAAUCAUCACUAUUACACCCGAUGAUGAGGACUUCGAAUAUAUGUAUGGUCACGUGAUAGAUGAAAGAAUUUUGUUACCUGUUACGAGUUGCCUUUACGAAAUUUGGCGUACAAUUGGCUCAUUGAAUGGCACUGACCAUAAAAACAUACCGAUUGUAUUUGAAAAUAUUAAAUUCGUACGUGCUACUCAUUUAUCAAAACGAGAUAAGCUGGAAUUAACACUUGUGAUCCAAGAAAGCAAUAAUACUUUCCAGAUUCUCGAGAAAAGCAAUGUAGUUGUUAGUGGUAUCGUGAGGCUCCCUAACAAUAUCGCGAAGGAGAGGCUACAGUUUUUAGCUAAGAGUGACGAUGCUGAGGAAUGCAUGAAUACGUCAGAUAUUUACAAAAAACUACGAGUCUGUGGCUAUCAGUAUACCGGUUGGUAUCGCUCGUUGAAAAGCGCCUCAAUUAAUGGGAGCGUAGGACAUAUCAAGUGGUCAUCAAAUUGGGUGGUGUUCAUCGACAAUAUGAUGCAAAUGAAAAGCCUGCCGCUUGACUCGAGAAAUGUUAUAUACAUAACGACUCAUAUUCGCAAAUUGGUAAUCGAUCCCGAAUUUCACAUAAGGCAGCUUCCUAAACUUUCAAUAGAAGAGAGAAACAUACCUGUGCGUAUCUACGACUCUCUCGAUGCCAUUGUAUCCGGAGGUAUAGAAAUUUAUGGACAGAGGUUCGUAGCCAUAUCACGUCGGCCAGCAAACAUCAAACCUGUGCAUGAGGAAUACAAGUUCAUUGGUUACCGCGAUCAUACUACGAUCUCCUUAAAAGAUGCAGUGCAAAUAUCAAUACAAAUCGCACUUGAAUGUCACGAAUUGAGAAACGUCAAAGUGAUCGAGGUCGUUGAAGACGAUGACAAAAUUUUGCUGGAGGAUCUAAUUACUCCAAUUAUACACGAAGUUCUAAGCAACUUGCCGUUAGUACAAUCUAAUCUCACGUUGGUUGCGACGAAAAAUAGAUUCCACAGUUCCUUAUUACCUGAAAAUCUAUUAGUCAUACAACCUAACAAUGUAUUGAAGGAUGAUACGUUCCUAAUGGUCAUUGGCGUCGGAAUAUUAACGAAAGGUGGACACACAUUACUAUCCAAUGUAAUGGCUGGAGGUUUUCUGUUUACCCGGGAGGAUCUUAACGCCACGUACGACAACGAGCUUUUGCAACAGUACAAUUUGAAUAUUAUUUUAGAGAAACGCACAGAACGGGAAUCGGUGUUACUUUUAAGAAAGACACAAAAUGUUAUAAUGAGACGAGAAGUCGUGUACAUAAAUAAUUACGAGUUCUCGUGGAUCAAAAAGCUUAAAUCCGUAAUGGAGGUUGUCGACGAGACGAACUCAAGAAUAACACUCGUUGCUGAAGGUGAUCCUGAAAGCGGUGUUUUAGGAUUUGUAAAUUGUUUGCGAAGGGAACCAGGCGGCAAAACAGUUAGAUGUGUCUUCAUUCAAGACGAACACGCGUGCAAGUUCUCCUUGCAAACACCUUUCUACAUGAAUCAUUUACUACUUGAUUUACCAAUGAACGUCUUACGUCCGGGCAAAGUUUGGGGUUCUUACAGGCAUUUGCCAUUACCGCCUCCGGAACCGGUACUUGUGCAAUGCGGUUAUGUCACUCAGGCGAUUCAAGGUGAUAUGAAUACUAUAUGCUGGGUCGAAGGACGGAUAUAUCCCAAAGUCAAGCGUGAAAAUAUCAUCCAUACAAUUUAUGCGACACUGAAUUUUAGAGAUAUUAUGAUAACAUCUGGUAAAUUGACGUUGGAAUCCUUUCAAAAGAUUAGACGAGAUAUCGAUUCCCUCUUAGGCCUCGAAGUCGUUGGUUAUGACGGGUCUGGACAAAGAAUAAUGGCGAUAUGCUCUAACAGAGGAAUAUCAAAUGUUUUAAUAAAUGACCCAGUGCUAUCCUGGGUUAUACCCGACGAAUGGACAUUCGAGGACGCUGCCACAGUUCCAUAUGUUUAUGCCAUAUGCUGCUACGCUCUCUAUGAAAAAGGAAAGAUGAAGAAAGGAGACAAAAUUCUCAUUCAUUCGGGCACCAGCAGCGUCGGCCAAGCUGCGAUUCAUCUCGCACUUUACGCGGGAUGCGAAGUAUUUACGACAGUCGGGACUUUGGAAAAACGACAAUUUAUUAGAGAAACUUUCCCUUCGAUUCUGGACGAUCAUAUCGGCAAUUCUCGCGACACAAGUUUCGAACAAAUGAUCUUUCAGCAAACACAUGGUCAGGGGGUGGAUAUUGUGUUAAAUUUCUUAGCUGAGGAAAAACUUCAGGCAUCUUUUCGCUGCUUGGCGAAAAGUGGCCGAUUCUUAGAAAUAGGAAAACAUGACUUGAUUGCCGAUAAUAUCCUAGAUAGAAUAGUUUUUGCGAAAGGCAUCAGUUUUCACGCGGUUAUGUUAGACAAUAUAAUAAAUUCCGUCACAGAAAAUAUCAUAUAUAAUAAAAUUAUAUAUGAUUAUAUCUCACAAGGUAUGAAAAACGGCUCAAUAAAACCGCUCCCGAGGAAAGUUUUUGAAAUGACUGAAGUAGGAGUUGCCUUCAAGUAUAUGGCAGCUGGUAAACACAUAGGGAAGAUCCUGAUAAAGAUACACGACGAAAACAAACCAUUAGAUCUUCCUAUUCUCGCUUAUCCACGAUAUUUCUGCAAGUAUCACAUGUCUUAUAUCAUUUUGGGCGGCUUAGGUGGCUUCGGUUUAGAAUUAGCCGAUUGGCUGAUUCUUCGCGGAGCAAAGAAUCUUCUUCUGACUUCACGGACCGGAUUGCGAAACGGUUACCAGCGCUCAAGAAUAGAACUAUGGAAAUCUCACGGGGCAAAUGUGCAAAUUAUCGCGGGUGCUGAUGCGUCUGAUCACAAGGAUUGCGCAUUCAUCUUAAAUUCUGCCGCUGAAAUGGGACCGGUGGACGCUAUAUUUAAUCUUGCUGUGGUGUUGAAAGAUUCUCUCUUUAAGAAUCAGACCGCUGAAUCCUUUGAAGUAUCAUUCAAGCCGAAAGCAAUGGCGACGAAGACGAUGGACGAACUGUCCAGAAAGAUGUGCCCUAAUCUGCAGCACUUCGUCGUCUUCUCGUCCUUCUCGUGCGGUCGAGGAGUUGCCGGAAUAACCAAUUAUGGUAUGGCCAAUUCUAUCAUGGAGAGGAUAUGUGAAAGGAGAGUACAAGAUGGAUUACCUGGAAUGGCUAUUCAAUGGGGUUUGGUGGACGAUGUGGGCAUCAUGGCCGAUAUGCAGACGGAUAAGGAACGAAACCUCACUGGUAUUCUAAAACAAAAAAUACAGUCAUGCUUGCAGUCGCUAGAUACUUUCAUGGUUCUAAAUCGGACGAUCGUGAGCAGUAUGGUUAUAGCUGAGAAAUAUGCGGAACUGGAUGGAGUGAUGAAUAUUUUGGACACCGUAACUAGUAUCAUGGGAGUGAAAGACAUGAAAAUGGUCGGACUUCGCACUCCAUUAUCAGAAAUAGGUAUGGAUUCGAUGAUGGCGGUGGAGAUCCAACAAACGUUAGAGCGAAAAUUCGAUAUUAACUUUACGACGCAAGAUAUUCAAAAUCUCACUUUCGAGAAACUCCGCAAUAUAGCCGACAAAGACAAAUGUUCCGAGCAGACCAAGCUACAUGAUUUGGCAUGUGUCAAAUUUAUGAUUCAUUUAGUGAGCAAUUUAGACAUCGUUUCAGAUAUUUGCUUGGAGAUGACAACGAGAAAUGAGGCAGGCAGAAAGCAAAUAUUUCUUCUACCAGGAAUCGAAGGUUGCGGGAGCGUAUUUAAUUCGUUGGCUUCCAAAAUUAAAGGUCCCGUAACAUGCUUGCAGCACGGAGCAAACAACAUCCCCAUGUGCGAAUCUGUGCUGCAGUCGGCUGCCACUCUGUUAUCUUAUAUAAUAUCAAAGAUGGGAGAUUCUAUAGAAUUCAUAAUAGUUGGGUAUUCAUAUGGGGCAUUAAUUGCUAUCGAGAUAAUGAGACUGUUGGAAGCGAAAAAUUUCACAGGACAAUUAAUAUUAAUCGACGGCGCACCCGAUUAUUUGAAAACUAUGAAAGAACAAUAUUUCCCUUUCACAAAUCUUCAGAAAUUUCAGAAUAAUAUUCUCCUAGACCUCAUGGAUCACUUCUACUCCAUCGAUAAUACAUCGAUUCUAUUAAAAUUGUCCAAGCACGAUACGUGGGAGAAAAAAUUGGAAGCUUUCGUUGAAUGUCUUCCAGAUGAUUCCGUACAAAUGACUUCUCUUGAAAAUUACAAGAUUUAUUAUACGACAGUCUAUAAGCAUCUGAUCGCAAUUCACGAAUACGAUGCGUCUUUAUUGCAGCCGCUGAAGUCGCCUAUAUUGUUACUAAAACCCACAAUUUCUUAUCUUCCUUCUGCCGACGAAAAUGAUGGCUUGAACAAGGUUACCGAAGAUAGCGUACAAGUUCGUCAUAUCGAAGGCAAUCAUCUUACAAUAUUGGACAACGAUAUACUUGCUGAUAUUAUUAACGGAGUAUCGUCUUAAGUAGUUAAUCUUUACAAUCUUAAACAAUGUUAAAGAAGUUCGUAAUUCUGUAAUUCGAAGAUAUCUUGGUUAUGUAGAAAGGAAAGGAGGAUACAUGGAACAGUUAUUGUACGUAAAUAAAACUAAUAAAGUACUCGUUCGUUUAUUCACUGCAUGUGAU